ACAAAAAAACGCCCGCUUGCCCGAUUUUACUCGAGUAAAAAACAUAAAAAAUGUUAAAAGUGUUGGUCAGGGAACGACUGAUGGCGGCGGCGGAUGAAAUAUUCGCGCUGCUUGGAAAAACCAUCUCUUCGUACGAGGAGGAACUUUCCAGAAGCAAAGAGGAGAACGAGCGCCGUCGACGACACUUAGAAGCAGUUUGCAAGAGUGGAAGUGUGCUACGAAUUGAGGACGUCCAGCAGCUGUUUGGUCGUCAGGGAGGAAGCCCUUCUCAGCCGCGAGCGGUGAGCUCCACUUUAAUACAGGAGGAUCCAAAGCCCCCCUGCAUUAAAGAGGAAGAGGAUGAACUCUGGAUAACUCAGAAGGGCGAGCGUCUUCUAGGGCAGGAGAAGGCUGAUCUCAUCAAGUUUCCACUGACUGGUGUCUCUGUGAAGACCGAAGACCAUCCAGACAAAUCCUCAGAGCUUCAUUCCAAACCAAGCAGAAGAAGCUUGUCGCAAUACCUGACAACAAUAGUCCACGGAGACCACUGUGGAGGAUCACAAGCAGACCACCUCUUAGCUCCAAUAUCAGAUAGUGAUGAGACGAAGUCACACUGCCCUGAGGAUAAAGACCGAGAUGAUGCCCAAGAACCUUUGAGCAGUGAUACAGACUGUGAAGAUGAUAUUUGGACUGACACUGACAAAAAGCAAUCGGAAUGCUCUAACAAGACGGUUAAAGAACAAUGGGCUUGCUCCGUUUGUGAUAAAAGCUUCACUCAGAAGUGCAAUUUGACCCAACACAUGCGGACACACACCGGAGAAAAACCUUUCAUUUGCUCAGUUUGCGGUAAAGGAUUCUCCCAGAAAGGCGCGAUGGUAGUACACAUGAGGAGACACACAGGAGAGAAACCCUUCAGGUGUUCAAUUUGCGACCAAAGAUUCUCUCGGAAAGUCAACGUCGUCACGCACAUGAGAACGCACACGGGAGAAAGACCCUUCAGGUGCUCGGUUUGCGAUAAAAGUUUUUCUCAAGACGCGACGUUUCGCUCGCACAUGCGAACGCACACCGGGGAGAGACCCUUUAGCUGUUUGAUUUGCGAUAAAAGAUUUGCUCGAAAGCUAACCAUGGUCUCGCAUAUGAGAACGCACACGGGGGAAAAACCCUUUAGUUGUUCAUAUUGCGAUAAAAAAUUCUCUCAAAAGUCCAAAAUGGUGAUACACAGGAGAACACACAACGGAGAACACGUGUUACAAGAAGGGUUGGGGUCAGCUUCAGAUAAAGAAUAACAUCUUAAAAUUGGCGCUUCAACGAUCAGUCGGCCGACACGGAUAAUUGAUUUUCAGUAUUUCAACUAAGGAAACUCUUAUUGGUCUUUCUGACUUUCUUCAUGGCAAUAAUACUCAAAAGUCGAUACCCAAAGCAGGCUUAGCUCCAUUGAAAUAAUGUAACCUUAUCAACCACAGCCGUUAGAUUUUUAUGUAAAUGGAAGCCCUCGUUUGUGAUGCAUCUCGUGAAGGAAAAUUUAAAGAAUUAUUAUAUAAAUGGAGGAAUUUUUUUUUUUUCAAUUUUUUGUCCCAACGAAUUUUGACCCUAACUUCAGUCAAUUUUGUAGGGAUGUAACGAUUGCUCGUAACGGCUCAUACAACCGUUUGAAAUUUAAAUUCGCAUACAAUCGUGAAUGAGUACCCAUCCCAUCCAUCCAUCCAUUUUUUACCGUUUGUCCCUUUCGGAGUCGCGUGGGGGUGCUGGGGCCUAUCUCAGCUGCGCAUGGGCGGAAGGCGGGGUACCCCUUGGACAAGUCGCCACCUCAUCGCAGGGUCCAACACAGAUAGACAGACAACCUUCACACUUUGUGUAAAUCAUAAAUAAAAACAGAAUAGAAUGAUUUGCGAAUCCUUUUCAACUUUUCUGGGUGUUGUUGAUAAAAUGCCGUUGCCGCACUUUGGAAAAAUGUGUGGCGAUUUCGCUCAUUUCCUGGAACUAAUUGCGAACUAGCUUAAAAAUCCCAAUGACCUAUUGUUAAGCACAUUCAACAAUACCAUUAUAAUAUCCAUAUUAGGGCUGCAGCUAACGAUUAUUUUUCUAUCGAUUAAUCUAUAGAUUAUUUUUUUCGAUUAAUCGGUUAAUCUAUAGAUUAUUUUUUUCGAUUAAUCUAUAGAUUAUUUUUCCUUUUACCGAUUAUUUUUUUUAUUUAAAAUGAAGAGGAAAAAAAAAAAGUAGGCCAGUUUUUUCAAAAGGCAUGGCUUUUAUUUACAAAAAAAAAAGUAUGGCCACUCAGUCAACAUUGACAACAA